AUAGCCAAAAUUUUGACGGUUUUCCCAAAUAUAGCCACUUUUGGCUAAAUAUAAAAAAUAACCAAUUCCGUCCAAUUGUUUGACGGUGUUAAUUAACGUGCUGACUAGACUAACAGCAGUGGUUGACGUGGCAUAUUUUAUUAAAAAAUAAUGUUAGAUGGAAAAUAAUUAAAAUUUUAUACUUAUAUUUUUAAUCAAAUUAAAUUAAAAAAAUAAAAAAAAUAAAUCUAUUUCUCCCCACCACCACCUCCUCUUCACCUUAUCAAUACUUCCUACCAGAAGCUUCCUCUUCUCCAAUCUCCACCAUGCGAGCUCUCAAUCCAUCUGCCCCAUUCACCACCUUCCUCCCGUCAACCCUUAGCAGAGGUUCGAAGACCCAAUCCCUGCUCUGCCUCUCCAAAUCCAAAUCCACCGUCCACUUCGAUUUCCUCGCCAGUUCCUCCGCCGCCCCAUUCAAAUCCCUAGUUCCUCUUAGAUACUCUGUUCCUGCCUACUCAUCGAAGGAUCUCUCCUCUCCAGUCCACGAUUCCUCCGCUGCAUCUGUCGUCUCCAGUUCGGGGAAGUCUCAGAAGAAUCGCCUCCGAGAUGGGGAGACUCUCUACGGACUCUUCUUGCUCAGCUUCUCCGCUACCCUCGCUAAAAUCGCCGGCCUCGCGGGUGACGAUUUCGUGCUCGUCGACAUGGAGCACGACCCCAGCAGAAUCACCGAGGCUUUCCACUGCAUGCGAGCUCUGGCAGCCACUCGUAUCAAAUCCCUAAUCCCCAAUCCCCGCCGCCACCAAACUUCCACAAAUCUCCGCCGCCGUCACCUCUCCGCACAUCACAUCCUCAUCCUCACCACCAACGAAGGAGAAUCGAGCGCAAGUAGAUCCCUGCCCGCCGCUCGGCUAUAGGAACCUCGUCCCCGGGACGAGAUCUCUUCAUCGUCGGUGGCACGGCGGUUCCACCUGCAACUUUAAGCUUGUGGCUGCCGCGGGGGUUGAGAAUGGAAUCAGGCGUGGAUGGAUCAAGUGGAAAGAGACGGUGAGUCAAGUUUGACCAUAAAAUUGGUUCUUCUUCUCCGCUAGCUGCAACAGAGGAGGAAGAAGAUGGGUAGAGCCGAGAGAGGACCCAGAGUGGAAUCGAUUCUAUCGGCGAGAUCCUAGGGUUGGAUUCCAGGUUUUGAAUUGGGUCAUUUUUUAGGAGGCAUCAUUUUCUGGAUUUACUGGUCGGAGGUUGAAGAUGAUGGUUAGAGGGCUUGGGUGAAUGAAAGGGUGAGAUAGAU